GCGAAGUAGAAGGGCUAAAAUGGUAUUUUAACACGAAUAAAUUAAAAAUGAAUAAAAUAUUAAAUUAUUGGUAACGAAAUUUGGCUCCAAAGCGGUUUGUAUUGUAAAUGAGAAAGAUAAACAUAACAGUUGGUCACUUCCAUAGUUCCAUGAGAGCAAGAGAGAGAAAUUUCAUCCUUUUGUAACCAACGCACAGUUUGUAUGUCACCUUCUCCUCGCUUUCUGAUCUACCACGCACCAUCGGAAAAUCUUCAAUACAUUCAUUCUCUCAACGUUUGAUCUCUUUCGAUCAAUCAAUCUCCUUGAUCUCCAUCACUGAACAAUCCAAACUUCUCUUCUUUCAUCCUUCCGCUCGAUCCUACCCUUCCCUCUGUUUUUCCCAGAUUUUCCCCCCUCCUUUUUGGUGCACCACCGGGUAUUUUCUCUCCGAUGAUACCGUUUAAAUCCAACCACCCUUCAUUCUGAUUAGCAUGGCGGAUUUGAUGGGGCUACAUUGAGUUUGCAUGGAUCGUAUGGAAUGGAAGCUUUUCGAUUUAUGAGUUCUUAUUUUCAACUUCUCCUCCAAUUUCAGCCAUGGCGGUUAGUGGGCCGGCUUCGAGUUCAGAGAGAGCCUGGAGUGACUCUCACAAGGGCAUGUCCAGUGAUAACAUCAAGGGUUUGGUCUUAGCAUUGUCUUCCAGUUUCUUCAUUGGUGCCAGCUUCAUUGUCAAGAAGAAAGGCCUUAAGGUUGCUGGGGCUUCUGGUGUCAGGGCAGGCGCUGGCGGUUAUUCUUACUUGUAUGAACCAUUAUGGUGGGUCGGCAUGAUAACUAUGGUUAUAGGGGAAAUUGCUAAUUUUGCUGCUUAUGCAUUUGCACCAGCUAUUCUUGUAACUCCCCUUGGUGCUCUCAGUAUUAUAAUCAGUGCUGCACUUGCUCAUAUUAUAUUAAGGGAGCGAUUAAACAUUUUUGGUAUUCUUGGUUGUGUGUUAUGUGUUGUGGGUUCGACAACAAUUGUUCUGCAUGCACCUCAAGAGCGUGAGAUAGAAUCUGUCAAGGAAGUGUGGGAUCUUGCGACAGAACCAGCUUUCCUUUUGUAUGCUGCUUUGAUGAUAGCCACAACUCUCGUACUCAUAAUCCACUUUGUGCCUCACUAUGGGCAGACAUAUGUAAUGGUCUACAUAGGGGUUUGUUCUAUUGUGGGGUCACUUUCGGUGAUGAGUGUUAAAGCACUUGGCAUUGCCCUGAAGUUGACGUUUUCUGGAAUGAAUCAGUUAAUAUAUCCUCAAACUUGGGCCUUCACAAUGGUUGUCAUUACUUGUGUGAUCAUUCAAAUUAAUUAUCUAAACAAGGCUCUUGAUACUUUCAACACUGCUGUAGUAUCCCCUACAUACUAUGUGACGUUUACAUCCUUGACCAUCUUGGCUAGCAUAAUUAUGUUUAAGGAUUGGGAUCGACAGAAUGCAAUCCAAAUUUUCACACAGAUGUGUGGUUUUGUGACAAUUCUCGCUGGUACUUUUCUUCUUCACAGAACGAAGGAUAUGGUUGAGGCAUCAACGACACCUUUUUCUAUGCGACUUUCUAAACACAUAGAAGAUGGUUGUGAACUUGAAGCCAUCCCACUUCAGCGUCAAGCAUCAUUGUGAUGAGAUUAGACAUUAGUCAUUAGAUCCGCGAAUUCACUCUUAUCAUCAUGUCACAUUUCGUGCAUAAUAUCUUAGGGGAAGCUAUGGCCGCCACUGGUCUUGUGAUCAUGAACAUUAUCAGGUAAAUUUGAAGGGGAUACAGGCAUAUGGCUGUGGAAGGAAGGUAAUCUUUUUUUUUUUUUUUCUCUGUUAGGAACCUCGGUAUUCUAUAUACUAUGUUAUAUCAUUCAUUCAUUUUCACCAAGAAAUAGACUCUUUCAAGGGAUGUUUGGCUCAUAGAGUGGUUUGGUAGAGUAAGCUGGAAGAACCAUUUAUAUACUUGGUUAAACUUCACUCAUGUAAUCCCUUUUUCUUCACUUCUUUCUUCAUGUAUUAGAAAUUCAUUCUACCAUUGCCCACAUAUCAUGUACUUAUUUACCACUUGAAUCCAAAAAUAUCUUAUAUCAUUGUUGCAUUUAUUUGAGAAUGACCCACUCAUUAUUUGAGAAUGACCCCACUUAUUAAAGGAUG